ACCUCGUUUCUCCGUUUCGAGUCCCGUGACUACUAACACUAAGACUGAGGUCUGAGGUGCCGGCCAAAGCCAUUUGCCAGCUUGUCACGCCGGAUUAUUUUUCAAAAACAAACGAAUGAGAGAAUAGUCUAUUUAUCUGUGUCGGUAUGGAGGUGCUCCUUCCCUGGGAGCUCAAACACCGGGCGUUCGCUUAACGAGGAAGCUGCUUCGGCUGGGGAAGCGGCCACAAAGAGGAGAAGAGAACCGAAAAGCAUUUGCCAACUCCCAACGGACUGUCACUCGGACAGCCAGAAGACAAAGAUGGAAAUUUGUGUGCCUGCCCAGAAGCCUGCUACUGUUGGUGCAGAAUCCUGAAGAAUUCUUUUUAACCCGAGUAAGCCAUUAUCCUGCAUGAGAAUUUAAGCAAGAUGGACUCUCAAAACAACUGCCCCCAUGUCCGUAUCCCAUGUCACAAUGAGCAAAGGGACAAAAAGAAGCGCUUCACUGUUUACAAAGUUAUUGUGGCUGUGGGCCGACAUGAGUGGUUUGUGUUCAGGAGAUACGCAGAAUUUGAUAAGCUUUAUAACACACUAAGGAAGCAGUUUCCUACAAUGAAUUUGAAGCUUCCAGCAAAACGAAUAUUUGGGGACAACUUUGAUCCAGAAUUUAUACAGCAACGGCGAGCAGGUUUAAAUGAAUUUAUUCAGAGAAUAGUUUCACAUCCCCAGCUUAGCAACCAUCUUGAUGUGAGGGCAUUUCUUCAGAUGGAUAAGCCAAAGAAUCUCUCUGAUCCCUCAGAAGAUGAAGAUGACAAAAACAACUCUACCUCCAGUGAUAUAAAUUUGGGACCAUCUGGAAAUCCUCAUGCUAAGCCAACAGACUUUGCUUUCCUGAAAUUAAUCGGAAAAGGAAGCUUUGGCAAGGUUCUUCUUGCAAAACAUAAACUAGAUGGGAAAUUCUAUGCAAUCAAAGUUUUACAGAAGAGAAUUAUUUUAAAUAGGAGAGAGCAAAAACACAUAAUGGCUGAGCGAAAUGUAUUGCUAAAGAACGUCAAACAUCCUUUUUUGGUUGGACUGCAUUACUCAUUCCAAACAGCAGACAAGCUGUACUUUGUACUGGAUUUCAUUAACGGAGGAGAGUUAUUUUUUCAUCUUCAAAGAGAACGCACCUUCCCAGAGCAGAGAGCACGAUUUUAUGCUGCUGAAAUUGCAAGUGCACUUGGUUAUUUGCAUUCAUUAAAAAUUGUAUACAGGGAUCUGAAACCAGAGAACAUUCUACUUGACUCAGAAGGGCACGUAGUUUUAACAGAUUUUGGGCUAUGUAAGGAAGGAAUAUCACGAGCUGACACCACAUCUACUUUCUGUGGGACACCAGAAUACCUUGCACCAGAGGUCCUGAGAAAGCAACCUUAUGAUAAUACAGUUGACUGGUGGUGCCUUGGAUCCGUGCUGUAUGAAAUGCUGUAUGGUUUGCCCCCAUUUUAUAGCAGAGAUACUUCAGAAAUGUAUGAAAAUAUUCUUCACAAGCACUUGGCUAUUAGGCCUGGAGCAACACCUGCAGCAUGGGAUCUUUUGGAGAGUUUGCUAGAAAAAGACCGAACAAAAAGACUAGGCUCAAAGGAAGAUUUUGUUGAAAUAAAAAAUCAUUCAUUCUUUUAUGUCAUUAAUUGGGAAGACCUUGUUCAAAAGAAGAUCCCUCCUCCAUUUAGUCCCAUUGUGGAUGGUCCAGAUGACAUUCGCAACUUUGAUCCUGAAUUUACAGAUGAAAUGGUUCCACAUUCUGUAUGCUGCUCCUCUGAACGAUCUAUUGUGAAUGCUAGUGUUCUAGAGGCAGAUGAUGCUUUUGUUGGGUUUUCUUAUGCUCCUCCUUCAGAAGAUUCAUUCCUUUAGAAGUGCUUAUUCACCAAACGGUUUAAUUAUAAAGUAAUAUAUAAAUCUCAGAUCAAGAUAUUUUAAAAUUGCCUUAAUUCCAAAUUGCCUUUAGCCAGUAAAGUCUUGAACUGUUAAAAUCUCCAAUCCAUUAGUCAUACUUACAUAGAUGCACUGAAAUGUUAAGUUAUGCAGUGGUUUUUGCAUUUCUAACUUCCAAAGCUACUUUCAUAAUCUGAAAAUGUACAAAGGUUACACUGAAAAAGCCUUACUUUUUUCUGUUUUUUUUUUUUGUUUUUUAAUAAUGUUUCUUUUUUUGUGUACUUAUUUAAAGCAAUGCAUAUUAAGUAUUGUGUACAUCAGUUGAUUUUAGCUAUAAAACUGUGUACUGCUUAAAUUCUAUUUAAAAUGUAUGUAAUCUUUAGCAUUUUCCUCUCUUUUUUUUUAGUUAACUUCAUGUUGUGAAAUAUUUUCUUUCAUUAUUUUGUAUUUUUUCCAAGUUGUCAUUAUUACUAUUAUAAGUGAAACAUUGUGUUUGUUUUGGCAUUUACUUUGGAGUGUGUUGUAUUUAAAAUGUCAGAAAAAUGAUUGUGGUCAGGUGUACAUUUUUAAACAGCUGUAUUCUAAACAGAGUCCACUUACAAGAAAUAUGUGUUUAUAAUAUAAGUGCUUUAUGAACUGUAUGAUAAGAGGGUAAAUAAAUACUGUAUGGCUUACUUUUCCUAUGACUUAA